AAACUGUUUGUUUUCUUUUAAAAUUUCUACCAUGAAAAUGCUUAAUUUUAUGUUAUUUCUUAAACUUUAUCAAUAUCAAUAAAUUUUGUUUGCAUUAAAGUAGUAUCAGCUAUUUAUUUUGUGUUAAUAAUUUACUUUACAUUUUAUUACUAAAGAUGGAAUGGUCAAAAUGUUUAAAAUACAUUUUAAUUUUUAUUGCAACUGCCGUAAUAUAUUGUGAAUUUCUUAUGUACUAUGUUAAUUUGAUGCAAUGCCAAUGGCCAAAUAUUAAUUCUACUAAAGACAGCUCCUUUGUCCCAGUCAAAUCUUUGAUACUAGCUGAUACUCAUCUCCUGGGCCCUCUACAUGGACACUGGUUCGACAAACUAAUCAGAGAAUGGCACAUGCAUCGUGCAUUUCAAACAUCAAUAACAAUAUUUCGACCUGACGUUAUAUUUAUUCUUGGAGACGUAUUCGAUGAAGGACAUGUAGUGAACGAUGAGUACUUUAAUCAGUAUGUUCAACGUUUUCGUAGGCUAUUCUAUGCCCCUGCAGAAACACAAGUAAUAAGUGUUGUAGGUAAUCACGAUGUCGGAUUUCACUAUCGAAUGGAUCCUUAUUUCCUCAAUCGAUUUGAAAAAGAGUUCAACUAUACUGGCAUUCAUCUCCACACCAUCAAAAAUGUUCACUUUGUGUUCAUUAAUUCAAUGGCUAUGGAAAAUGAUCGAUGUGAAUUGUGCGCUCGUGCUCAAAAGGAUUUGAAUCAAAUAGGCAAAAAACUUAUGUGCAUGAAGGACCCCGUUGGAAACAAAUGUCCUAAGAUUGAGGUUCCAUAUUCCCGUCCAAUUCUGAUGCAGCACUUUCCUACCUAUCGCAUAUCUGAUGCUGUUUGCGUUGAAAGAGAUAUCCCAAAAAUUGAACGAUACAAGGAAAAAUGGGAUGUACUCUCCAAAGAAUCUACAAUUGCGUUAGGAAAAAUAGUAAAUCCUCGAUUAGCUUUCAGUGGACACAGUCACCAUUAUUGCAAAUCAAAAAAUCAGCUGGGCAUCGAUGAGUACACUGUGGCUUCAUAUAGCUGGAGAAACAAAAUCAACCCGAGCUUUUUGUUAGCACAAUUUACACCAGAUUCUUUUUCUGUACACAAAUGUGAUAUGCCGGUGCAAAGUACAUACGUUUCAAUUUAUUUGUCAGCAUCUGCAAUAUGCAUAGUUUGCAUAUUCUUAAAUUUGGUCCAACAACUAUUUGUAAAGUACUCAAAUAAGAAAGUAGAAUAGAAUUUAAGAAACCACUUUUAUUCGUUUAUUAAUUUGAUCAUAAUUAUACGUUGUAUUAUAGAUGUUAUAUUGUAAAUGUUUUUAUUAAUUUAUUAUUGAAGUGCUUUCUUGGAUCAAGCCUGUCAUGUUUACACUAAAACUUAGAAUGUAAAUUAAAUCUAUAAACUUAACUUAAAAACCGCUAUUAUUUUUUUAAUA